AUGAAUAGAAUUCGCCACUUCCGAUUCCUUGCCACUUCCGCAACCGUCGGCGUAACCUUGCUUGGAACAAGUCGAAUAUCCCGAGUCUAUGCUGAAGAAGUGAAACAAUAUAAAAAGCCAAGAAUAUAUGAUGACCCUAAACCCGAAAUAGUACUUGAAGAAGUUCCAACGCGUUUGGAGGCAGGCGUCAGAAAAAUUAGGCUUCAAGCUACGCGAUCUGUUAAAGACGCGCAGGCCAUCUUGCGAACAUGGACCAACAAUUGGAUAGAAAUCGAACAAAAAACUGAAAAGUCAAUAAAAGACGUAAUCUCACCGGAUGAACGGUUCAUGCCCGAAGUCUUAUACAUUGCUGUGGCAACCUUUGCGGGAAUGGUUGUUACGAGAAAUCGAAACAUCUUAAUCCGUCUCACGAGCCCAAUUGCGUUUGCUGUUGCGGCAUCGUACUACUUUAUUCCCCGAACAACCCGCAAUAUUGCCAAUAGAGUGGAUGAAUAUGGACAAAAAUCUGCAACGAUUACAGCAGUGAGUAGUACUCUUUCCGAUGUCGUUAAGUAUUCAAAAAAGAGCGUUGAAGUAGCCGUCAAAGAUAUAAGCGAUGCAGUGACGGGAUCCAAGAGCCAAUCUUAG